CCCACAGGCGCAUGGCCGCGUUGCGCAGCGGCCGCUGCUUAGCCUCGCAGCUGUCGCCGGCGGUGGGCUCGGCCCGGGCCGGUUCCUUUGGUGCUGUCAUGCAGGGGCCCCGAGCGGGCGGCCCCGAGGCGGGCGGCGGGGGCUGGCUGGGCGCUCUGCGCUUCGACAACCUGGCGCUGCGCUCGCUGCCGGUGGACGCCUCGGAGGACGGCGCGCCGCGGGCCGUGCCCGGCGCCUGCUUCUGCCGGGUGCGGCCCAGCCCGCUGCAGAACCCGCGGCUGGUGGCCAUGUCGCUGCCGGCGCUGGCGCUGCUGGGGCUGGAGGCGCCGGCCGGCGAGGCGGCGGAGGCAGAAGCGGAGGCGGCGCGGUACUUCAGCGGGAACCAGCUGCCGGCGGGCGCGGAGCCGGCGGCACACUGCUACUGCGGGCACCAGUUCGGCAGCUUCGCGGGGCAGCUGGGGGACGGCGCCGCCAUGUACCUGGGCGAGGUGCUGAGCCCGCGGGGCGAGCGCUGGGAGAUCCAGCUCAAGGGCGCCGGGCUCACCCCCUUCUCCCGACAAGCCGAUGGUCGGAAGGUGCUGCGAUCGAGCAUCCGGGAGUUCCUGUGCAGCGAGGCCAUGUUCCACCUGGGGAUACCGACCACCAGGGCUGGGACCUGUGUGACGUCCGACUCGAAAGUCGUCCGCGAUGUGUUUUAUGACGGAAACCCAAAAAGCGAAAGGUGUACAGUUGUUCUGAGAAUAGCCUCUACGUUCAUAAGAUUUGGGUCUUUUGAGAUUUUCAAACCUCCCGAUGAGUACACGGGACGCAAGGGUCCCAGCGUCAACAGAAACGAUAUCCGAAUACAGAUGCUUGACUAUGUGAUCGGCACUUUCUACCCAGAAAUCCAGGAGGCUCAUUCAGACAACAGUAUUCAGAGGAAUGCUGCUUUCUUCAAAGAGAUAACCAAGCGGACAGCGAGAUUGGUGGCUGAGUGGCAGUGUGUUGGGUUUUGCCAUGGCGUGCUGAAUACAGAUAAUAUGAGCAUAGUUGGACUAACCAUUGACUACGGCCCUUUUGGAUUUAUGGACAGAUAUGACCCUGAGCACAUUUGCAAUGGUUCUGAUAAUACAGGGCGCUACGCUUACAACAAGCAGCCAGAGAUUUGCAAGUGGAACCUGGGGAAGCUUGCAGAAGCUCUAGUUCCAGAGCUGCCCUUGGAGAUAAGUGAACUCAUUCUGGAAGAGGAAUAUGAUGCAGAAUUUGAGAAACAUUAUUUGCAGAAGAUGAGGAAGAAACUAGGCCUAAUCCACCUGGAACUGGAAGAGGAUAGUAAGCUGGUGUCUGAACUCCUCGAAACCAUGCAUCUCACAGGUGGAGACUUCACAAAUAUUUUCUCCUUGCUGAGUUCAUUCUCGGUAGACACUGAUCCUUCCAAAUUGGAAGCUUUCUUAGAAGAGCUUACGAGUCAGUGUGCUUCUGUGGAAGAACUGAAAGUUGCUUUCAAACCGCAGAUGGAUCCAAGACAACUGUCAAUGAUGCUAAUGUUGGCCCAGUCUAAUCCUCAGCUGUUUGCAUUAAUUGGAACAAAAGCUAAUAUAAACAAAGAAUUAGAGCGCAUUGAGCAAUUCUCUAAACUGCAGCAGUUAACAGCAGCUGAUUUACUCAGCAGAAAUAAAAGACACUGGAAGGAAUGGCUGGAGAAGUACAGAGUUCGUCUGCAAAAAGAAAUAGAAAGUGUUAGUGAUGCUGAUGCCUGGAACACUGAUCAUGUGAAGGUUAUGAAUUCAAACAAUCCAAAAUACAUCUUGAGAAACUAUAUUGCCCAGAAUGCCAUAGAAGCAGCCGAAAAUGGGGAUUUCUCAGAGGUAAGAAAUGUAUUGAAACUCUUGGAGAAUCCAUUCCAAGAAGCAGAAGGUCUUGGGGAGGUAACAGAAGAUGCAGAAGAGGAGGGAGCAACUGCUACAGCAGCUGCCUGUGCUCAAGAGACCAGGAGCAGACUACCAUAUUGCAGUAAGCCUCCACUGUGGGCUUCGGAGCUCUGUGUUACAUGAUCUUCAUAACUGCCUUGUUCUGGUUUUUGCUGUAAACUGAAGACUGAUAAUCCUUCAGCAGUGAAGAAUUCAGCAAGGCAAACAUCAAAGUGCUAUUAAGUUAUUGAAACAACCCUGCAUUUGGAUGCAUCUGCAACAGCCCCCAGCUGUGCUUAACUUGAAGCAAUCGUGGAUCGUUGGAACAAACCAAAGACAGUCAACAGCCCAUGCACCUCAGUAAUGUAAAUGUUUUGAGACUGAAAGUCUUUCCCUUAUUCAUACUGCCUUGCAAGCAGUAAGCAAUAUUUCAUCUUGAGGCAGGCUGAAUUCUGAACAUCCAAAUGGAGUUGUUGUUGCUGCAUGAAGACAAAAAUAGCAAGUCAGGAAUCUGAUGUGUUUUUGUCCGAUGUCAUAACUAAUAGUACUUCUGUCAUUUAUUUACUACUUUCUCUAUGCAGGGACUUGUAGUCCUCUUUAAUGGAGAAAUAGAUUCAGUGUUGCUUGUUUGAAGCUAUGUUUCAUUUAAUUAAGUAGUUCAUUCCUUGUGAACCUUCAGAUUGGUAUUUAAUUGUCUAUUUUCAAGAGAAUUUGUGGCAGCCAGGGAUUGGGGAGAGAAUUUUAUGGGUUUUUUAAAAAUACAUUAGGAGCAGAACAAAGGGAGACUAUGUACAUUUGCACUUGAAAGUCUUGAUGGUAAAGUUUAUUCAGGUUCAGCAUGUUUGCAUACAACAGGUGUAAAUAUUUACUAAAACCAUGGGUGCAGUUUGUAAGCCAAUUGCCUGGGGCAAGGUCAGUUACCCAGGUGAAUGUGCACCUUCAGCCAGCCCAGCACUCAAAUCCGAGUCCGUUGUCUAUUGAUUGUGUGUUCUUAACAGAGUCUCCUUACAUGAGAAGUGUGCAGGUGAGGUGCCUGUUCUGUAACACUGGUCAGUGGGAUUCUUCCAUCCCCACCCUGGUCUCACACCCUUUAAUUUGCUUCCAUGGUCUUUGGAAGUCUUUACACUGAAAGCUGCAGGUGAGGAACAUGCUGUUUGAGCCAGGUGAGGUUGUAGAGGAUAUGGGAGGAGCCAACUUGCUUGGAGGUUACUGAUAGUGUUUCGGGGAAGUUGGUUGCCUGUUGCCACAUCAGGGGGGAAAAAAAAAGUAGUCCUCUAGUUAAUUGCUCACCUGUGUGAGCCUCUUUUUAAAGAAUCCUGUUACUGGUUCAGACACCUGAAGCCUUGGGGAAACUUUAGUUUUAGUGCAAAGGUUUCUCUUUUCCAGAGACCACUGUCUUACACUGUGAGUUUAAGUGUACUCUAGUAAAUUCUUCUCCCAUCUCUGUGCAAGUGUGGUAUUAACUCAGGUUGAAUUAUGCUCUUUUAAGUCUUCCUGAAAUAUGACCUACCAAAAACCAGGGAGAAAGUUGGGCUACUGCUUAUCCAUCUGUACUAAUAACCAAUGUGUCUUUCUCACCACCACAGUGGAUAGGUGAUGCUUUGAAUAUAAACAUUCAUCCUGUCUUGCCUUCAACUGGGAGGAACUGAUGCUGAAUAGUGGUUUGUGACAAACUGGAGUCUCUGCCCAGUGCAAUGCUUUCUGGGAGUUUUUGGAGUUGUUACAGGAAAGGUGAGGGUGUUUACCUAAUCUGUGGAAGAAUGGUGUUGCUGAAAGAAGAGAUGCCCCAAAGCGGGCAACAAGUAAUGCCUAGCUGCUGCAGCUGCUCAUCCUCUAGAAAGCAUGUGUUUCUACAGGAGCUGAAGCCUUUCAUCAGGGAUUGUCCUUCCUCUGACUUCGGGGUACUAGUACCAAACCAUCUAAUGGGAACUGCAACAGAAAGUCAAUGCUGGGUAAAAAGGACAGCACAGGGGAAGGGAAGUGUGCUGGCAAUAUGAAAGGCGCUUCAAACGUAGCCCUGACAGGUUGGCAGAAAGAACCAGUGGUCUACUAUGGGGUGCCUGGCGCAGAGGAGAGUCAAGAGAUGGGGGAAGCUGCUCCAAGAUGAUCAAUGUAACUCUGUGGAUUUUGUUUCUCAGUUUAGAACUGUCCUUUAUGGAGGCAGAGGGGAACAGUGUUUGGGAGGAGCUCUGCUCAAGCUUUUGGCUCAACAGAGUGAUCUAAAAAGUAAUGAAUUUUACAACAUACCUAAGGGAUCAAAUCUUUUUAAUGGCAUCUUGAUAUUAACUUGGGGGAGGGGUGAGUAGGCCGCUAUUAAUAAUGGUGGAGAGGGGAAUGAUAUACCCUUGUCUGGACAUAGGAGAAGAAUUAACUACCAAGUUAUUUUGCAUAUAAAGAUACAAAUUCUUUUCACCUAUAAUGCCAAAACCAUGGAGAGAUACUUUGAAUUCAUAUGCUUUCAGUUUUAUCCUUUUAAAGGGAAAUUGCAUGUAACGGCGAGGAAUGAAAAUGUGAUGGUGUUUCCUGCUAGGUACAUUCUUUGCUUACAUAGAAAUCAAAUGCAAGAGGUCUAUAAAGCCUGAAAUGCCGACUGCAGCCUCGUGGUGUGGCUGUGUUGGUAAAGCUCCAUCUGUAACAGAUCCAGCGUGUUCACUGAUGAGUAGAAACACCAAGAGGGCCUUCCCACAGCGAGAGUGCACUGACAUUCCCUGCUGGGCUCCUCAGCGAGUGCAGGGAUCCUGGUGCCGCCUGUGUGAAGUAGGUGACAAUCAGAAGCCACGUGGGAUGCUUCUGCUCUUCCAGCACUCUCCUAUGAAGAAGCAGGUAGUAGUUUCAGCUCUGACAGGAGUUUCUUCUGUUCCUGGAGCAGUGUGGAAGCAGGAGGUUAUUCAGGAUAAUUAGACCAAGUUUUGUCCAGAUAAGAACUUUACCUCUUAGCUCAGUUGUUCAGAGAGAAGGGAAUACAGCUUUAACGUUUGGGAGUCUUGAAUCAUAAAUGCUUCUUGAUUUUUACAGCUUGCAAUUACAAUAGGUAAACCUGAAAAUAGUAUUUCUUAUUGGUCAAAUAUUCUCAUUGUUUGAAAGCCAUGGACUUGUGCUCAAAAUGGAUUGGUGACUCCUUACAGCAACAGCUUUCUGUGGAAACACUUUGAUUAGAGUUAAUCUCUGGCUAUGGAGCCAGAACUACCCUUGUGUAAAAGCAAGUGGUGCCCAGAUUACCAAACUGAAAUGAGAGCUCUUGGAGCCAUGUCUCUGGAUAGUCUCACGUGGAAAUGGGACUCUUCUCAUGGCUGUGUAAGAUUUCACUGUAACUCUGCUUCAUGAUCUUGUAAACCUGUAACUGCUGAAUGUUUUACCAUGAGCUUCACUCUGGAAUGUUUUGCAGGUUGGUUCUUGGAGGGUUUUUCUUGUGUGUUUUUUUUCCAAAUGCCUGCCACGGCUUCGAUUCUUUUAUUAAAAAAUGAAACAUGCCAUUUUAA